AUGGAGGCGGUAGUCGCCGGCGUGCCGAUGGUGACGUGGCCCCUCUUCGGCGAGCAGUUCUACAACGGGAGUUUUGUGAAGCGGUUGAGGAUCGGCAUAAGUAUCGGGUCCAUGGACACUGGGCUGAUCUGGGGGGAGGAGGAAGAUGCCGGAGCACUCGUGAAGCGCGGCCGCGUGGCGGCAGCGGUGGCGAGGUUGAUGGGCGGUGGUGGGGUGGUGAGAGAGAUAAGGGAGAGGGCUAGUAGGCUCAGUGAGUUGGCCAGGGCGGCUGUGAGGAAAGGUGGGUCCUCGUACGUGAAUUUGGACCGCUUAAUCGAGGAUCUCUCGAACCAUAAAAGGGUGAGGAUGUCUAACAUUGGCGAGAGAUAG